GAAUUACGCCAUUAUCCCUGAAGGAAAUUAUUUGUGAAGAAAGAUCGCUGUAUUUUCUCUCGAAAUAAACAGAAGAAGAGAAAGGGGGAAAAUUCAGAGAGAUGGAGAACUGCGAGCUGUGCGGAGGCGCCGCCAGGAUGUAUUGCGAGCCUGACCAGGCGAGUUUGUGCUGGGACUGUGACCGGAAGGUUCACGGUGCGAACUUUCUGGUGGCGAAGCACACUAGGAGUCUGCUUUGUCAUGCCUGUCAUCGACCGACGCUGUGGCGGGCCUCCGGUCAGAACCUCGGUCGGGCGGUUUCAGCUUGCGAUUCUUGUGUCAAUGUUCGGUGCAAGGACGAGGAGAGGCCGGAAGAAAAAUUGGGGGAGUAUGGAGAGGAUGAGAAUAGCGGUGAUUAUGACGAUGAUGUGGAGGAGGAAGAGGAGGAAGUGGAUAGUGAUGAUGAUGAAGAAGGAGGUGAGAAGGAUGGAGAGAAUCAGGUGGUGCCGUGGUCGAAGGAUACUCUUCCGUCGCCGCCUGUGGUGAGCUCGGAUUCUUCGAGUGGCGGUGAAGAGGAGGUGAUUUCCGGCAUCCGAGGAGGCGGUGGCUGCUGUGGAUCGAAAAGAAUGAGGGAGAAUCUUGCUGUCUACUCCGAUGAUGAUAUUGACUGCUCCUCUUCUCACAUUGGCUCCGGUGCAUUGGCAAGUGGGGAAGCAGCUUCCAGGGCAUUGAAGAAACAAAGAUUAGGUGAAUUGAAUCGAUCAGAAGGAAAUGAAGAAACAGAGUCAAAAUCUACGGCUGUCAUUAGCUCUCUUAAACAACUCCAAGAACAGAUGAUCAUUGACAAUGGAGAUGCUUCUGCUACUGUACUUGGGAUAUGUGGAUUGAGUAGGGAACAAAGCCGUUGAUCACUUUCCCUACUAACUCUUGUUCAAUCCAACUUAUACAAUUUGAGGUAGUACUUUUUAUUGGUAGUCCAAGUUGAGAUUGUCAAUAGAUUAUUUGAUCAUGCAAAUAUAGGGUUAUGAUUUUCCCCCACAUAUCCUUUUUCCACAUUUCAUACUUGUUGGUAAUAUGUGUGGUUGGGAAAAUAUGUUGUUCUCUCUAAUGGGAAUGUUGCUUGUUCUGCCUGUGAAUUAGCACUAAAACAAUCUUGUGUGAUACAUUGACAGUUGAGAAUAGAGGUGGUUUCUUGAUAAUGUGUUCUAAUUAUCUGAUUCUUGGGAGCUCUGUCUCUAUUGAAUAUUGUUUUU